AUGGCGAUAUGGCUUGAAGUACCAGCGCUAUCGCCACGUCACAAGAUAGUUUUUUCUAUUGGCAUUGGACUUGGUUACGUCAUUGUUGGGAUGGUUGUGUCGGAGCUUUGGGGCUUUCCAGUCCCGUUUUACAGCAAUACCGUGAGUGUGGUAGUGCCACUGGUGUUUGCGGUUUCUCUGCGGGUGACCAUUGGACCUCGAGCGUUUCGAACGAUUCUCUCACGAAAAGAGCAAUGGCGUCGAUCAUCUCGGAUUUCGAUGCUUCAGGGCUUCAUGUACGCCAUUUAUCCAGUAUAUGAAGUGCUCUUUGGUCGUACAAAGAACACCCCCUACGAACUUCCUGUGAUUCUGCUACUUCCGGUGCUGAAACUCCUGAUGAAGUUCGUCUUUGCGGCAUCUGCGACCUACAAGGAAGAAAUCGUACCGUCCCAAGUGGUAUUCACUGUCGAUUUCUACAACGCGUUUUACGUUGCUACCUUUUUGAACAGUCUGUCGACGAUAUCACUGGUAGCGAUAAUGGGGGUUGAUCUGCUACAAACGGGGCUCGAGGUGCAAGAGAUUCACGCCAAAAUGCAACGCGUCCUCGCCGGUCUUGCUCAAACCAACAGUGGCCAAAUUUCUGGACACCGGGGGGAUCUCCUUGAGAAAAUACGAAACCUUUGCCUUUCCCUAUCUGCGCUAGAAUCCUUCCAGACUGCCAAUCAAGUCCUUUCGUGUAAACCCCAUAAAUUAACUCCCGAAGGAGCCGCUCUACUCGAAACGCUCGAGCGAAAAGCGGUCGUUAAAGCUGCUUCUCGUCGAUUCAGCGAUAUGUCGAGCUGCUCAACAUUGGGCCCAAUACGAAUGAUUGGCACAUUGCGGAGUGCUCUCAUCAAUCCCUUGGGUCAGGUUCUCGAACCGAAGCCGGCAAUCGCCUGGCCGCAAAGAACAAACAGCCACUCGUAG